AUUACAUUUCAGAGCAUUUCAUUGGACGUCCGGCCGACUACUUGUUUCUUCUCAUAUUUAAUUGGAUCUCAAUUGUGUUAAUAGCACUGCCUCUAAAUGUGAUGCUUUUGAUGGAUCCGAUGGUUUUGAGUGUUCUCUACAUUUGGUGUAAUCUAAACAAAGAAGUAAUCGUCAACUUCUGGUUCGGCACUCAAUUCAAAGCCCUAUACCUUCCGUGGGUUUUGUUGGGAUUCAACAUAAUAAUGGGCGGCGGAGGGGUUGACGAAAUCAUUGGUAUAGUUGUGGGACAUCUCUAUUACUUUGUUUUCUUCAAAUACCCCGAAGAACACGGCGGACCCCCUCUUCUGCAGACGCCUAGCAUUCUGUACAACUAUUUCCCCUCAACUCCGGGCAGAGGUUCAGUUCACGGAGGUUUUCAACCGCCCCCUUCCCGGUCCACCCCCUCUGCGCCCAACUCUCCCCCAAAUCCCCCCAGAGGUGGACGACAUAACUGGGGCUCAGGACAGACAUUGGGAGGCAAUUGAUAGCAAUCGCUUCUCCGCUAACGACUGAA